AUGCAGCCCGCAGACGGGAAUCUCGAGCUGAGUAGUUUCUGUUGGGCUCGGAUUCAGCUUGCCACGAGAUUUCCAGUUCUGUUCUGCUUCGGAAUGAAUGACAGCAACGGUGAAGUAAUCAGUGCUGAAAGAGAGAACUCUGCAGAAGCCGUUCCGGACCACACUAGACCGGAUAAAACGAAGCUGAUAUGCUUCUGGCAUAGUGGUCGUUCAGCAGCAAGUUUUUGCGUGACAUUUUCGCUUUACUUGAAAUUGCUCUAG